AUGUGCUCACUCUUUUCAUUGCUGACACCUUACCAGGAGAGCCCGCACGAGCACCAGCAGAGUCUCCUGAUCUCCCGAAUAAUCAACAAUGUUGAAAAACUCAACGAAGCUGUCGUUGUAAUGAAUAAAAGCCUUCAGGACAUUAACAUCCAAAACAUGAAUGUCGAGUUGGUGGCGCAAAUGUUCAAGAACUACCAGUCAAAUGUAUUAUUUCAUCUUGAAGCCACGGAUAAUUUAAAGCCACCAUCUUAA